UUAAUCCCUAAACCCACCCAACUCCAACUCUGCUGCUUCUUUGUCACCGACUUCACUUCUCCUUCCUCCUCCCGUUUAGCUGCCCGCGACCUGAAGCCUCUGCCCCUUAGUCCACACCACCGCGGCCUCACUUCUGUCGUCCAUCAAUCAAUUGCCGCUCUUCUCCCGUAUCUCCGACCAACGUCCACCGCCAAGCUUCAGCUGUGAGGCGCCACUCUUCAAAAUGUCCUCUUCAUCGGUAUCUUAGUCACGAAGCCGACUUCUUCACUUGGCAUGGCGUAUCACAUGGUGGCCAAGGAUGAGAGGUAAAGAGCCAUAUCAAAUGAAAAUAUGAAUUCCCAUGAAUCCCUUGUGUAAGGCCUUUCAAAGGCGGAAUGGUCCUCCAAGUUCAAACAAAGAAAGAGGUGGAUCCAAAGCUGAACGUUGCACCGAAUGCAACAGAGAUGGUCAUAGGCAAGAAGGCUGCUUCAAGUUGAUCGGGUAUCCGGAGUGGUGGCCCGAAAAGAAAAGCGAAAAGACCAAGGCCAAGGCUUCUUGUGUCGAAACAGAGACAUGUACCAUUCCUGGAUUAACAUACAAGGACUAUCAACUCUUCUUGAAACAAUUCUCUGGAUCGGCUAAUGGUAAAAGUGCCAAACCCGUUGCUAACAUGGCUCAUAAGGAAGACAUCGAGGGUGAGUGGAUCAUUGAUUCGGGUUGCACCGAAUAUAUAACUCACCUACCCCACGUCCUUGACAACAAGAAAGCCACCUCUCUUGAGGAACUUGUUGUUAUUCCCACUGGGAUCUGAUUCCAGUUAAAAGGAAAGGGGAUCACACCCUUCCAGGAGGAGCCAAAGUGAAGAGGGUUUUAUGUAUUCCUGAUUUCAAAUGCAACCUUGUUUCAAUUAGUUGCCUUUGUCGGGACCUGCAAUGUUCCAUAUCUUUCUUUCCUGAUUUUUGUGU